AUGAAAAAAUUUAUUUAGUAUUUCAAAGCAUGUUGUCAAUAAACUGGCCCUAUAACUGUGCAGUUGACAUAUAUAAUUAUUAUUUUUAAUGGAUAAUAUUUUUGACAAUAUUUUAUAGCUUGUAUUAAUGUCCCAUAAAUAAAAAAAAAGUUGGAGAAUACCUCAAUUAUGUAAUUUUGAGGCACAAUUGUAAAGCAGAGUGUUUAUUGUAUUUGCCGUAAAGUCAACUCUUGUUUUGAAAAAAAGUUCUCUUCGACUUGGAAGCACGUUUUAUUAAUUCCACAAUUUUAUUGAAUGUUCCAACAUCUAUGUGCAUGCAUGCAAGUGUAUUGUAUAUGUAUGUAUGCCAAAAAUGUUGUCUCCUGAAUUCCAGGAAGGCGGCUUAUAUUUUUCAAUAUUGCUCGAAUCCAUUUACAAAAUGGUAAUAGCUUAGCUAUACUUCAAACAAAUUCAAAAUUCUCAGAAAUUUCUUAGAAUUUUAUUCAUUUUUAUUAAACUGCUACGUGACAUUUCGUUUUCAAUUUUGACGUUAUUACAAAUUUAACACAUUUUUUUUUGACAGUGAAAGCAGGAAAGAUUGAACUAGGGUCACCUUGAAUUUCUUAUAUAGAAACAUACAUCAGAUUACAUCACAGUUUUAGCUAGUUUUAAGACAAAUUUAACACCAUUUUCUCUCUUUUCCAAAUUUAAGUUGUUUCUUGGUAUAUCUGAAUAUUUAUUGGUAUCCUUCACUGCUUUCAAAUUUGUCGGGCGUGCUAAUUCUCCCUAGAUUCCCCUGUUCAAACAUUUAAUCAACUAAAACUGAGAAAUUAGGCACUCUGAAUGAGAUCAUCUGUUAAUGCCUGUAGUAAAAAUUCUUAGCUUUUAUUGUACAUCCGGCUAGUUAUAAAUUGCAACAGCACUUUACCUUGAGCUUUGCUCGCAAUAAUUUAUGUAUACAGAGGUAUCUGAAAUGGCAGUUCGUUGGGGCAUCGCAGGUGCAGCAAAGAUAUCUCAUGACUUUGUAACAGCCUUGGCUAGCUUACCUGAAGGAGAGCAUACUGUUGUCGGAAUAGCGGCGCGUGAUCUCUCACGGGCUAAAACUUUUGCCAAUCUACACAAAAUUGGAAAUGCUUAUGGAAAUUAUAAAGAUCUUGCCAAUGAUAGUAACGUCGAAAUCGUAUACAUUGGGGUAUUAAAUCCUCAACAUCUCGAGGUUGCCACGCUUAUGUUAAACAAUGGCAAGCAUGUGCUGUGCGAGAAGCCUUUGACGUUGAACUUGAAGCAAACCACAGAACUUAUUAAUCUGGCAAAGGCAAAGGGUCUAUUUUUGAUGGAAGCUGUCUGGAGUCGCUGUUUCCCAACGUAUGAAUGGAUCAAAAAGGAAAUUGAUUCCGGAAAUUUGGGAGAAGUUAAACAAGUUAUCGGUUCUUUUGGAAUAUCAGCCCCAAAGGUUGACAGACUAAUAAAAAAAGAUCUUGGAGGAGGUGGUAUAUUAGAUUUGGGAGUUUACGUAUUACAAUUGGCGUCGUUUGUGUACAAUGGGGAGAAGCCAAUUUCAAUAAAGGCUGGUGGUCAUUUGAAUGAAGAUGGCGUUGAUAUUUCCAUGUCUGCAACACUUUUAUAUAAGGAAGGUCGUACCGCAACUGUGAUGACACACUGCCACGUGAAGCUACCUAAUGAAGCUCUUAUAAUAGGCACGAAGGGUACCUUGCGGGUACCUUUGUUUUGGUGUCCAACCGAUAUUGUGCUGCCAUCGGGUGAAACGAAGUCUAUCACCUUACCUGAGCCGAAACAUCCACUCAAUUUCAUCAACUCUGUUGGUCUCAGAUACGAAGCAGCGGAAGUUCGGCGAUGUCUUCGCGCUGGAUUGAAGGAGAGUCCCCUGAUUUCACAUAAAGAGUCAUUGCUUCUUGCAGAACUCGAGGAUGAAAUACGCAGACAAAUAGGUGUAGUUUAUGCAGAGGAUUAAUGAGUCAUUGAACCCAAGAGACCACUGAUAUACAACAGAUGGUAUUGCGUGCUAUCAAUUUUUUAUCAAACCAGAUUGAGGAGUUAUAUUCACAUUUGUAUAUUAUGUAAUAAACAUGCACUUUCUGAACAUCAUA